AUGGUGUGGACUUCACCAUCCCCGGCGAAGCGUCGAGUCGAUCUGGAGAGCCCCACCGGUACUAGCCUUCUCUCCAUGAGCACACCGGGAACCCCGGGCACAGGGCAUACGGUCUCCCCCGGGGAUCUGCCAUCCGGCCGCAAGCAACUGAAUGACGUGGUGUCGAGAGCAAUAGCCAAUCGGAAGCACUCGGGCGGAAUCAUCCUUUUGGGAGAUGCCAGCCGCGACGAUGACGCAGGAGACGGUGGCGACGAAGGCCCAGCGGCAGCUGAAGAGGCGGCGGAGGACGACCCAGCUCCUGCUGCUGACAGCAAGGUGCCGAAGACUAGAUCCGAACUGCAGAAGCUUCGCGAGAACUUUGCGAACACGAUGCACUUAUGCUUGCACUUUUAUGCCGACCGCAGCCUACAACAACAAAUGCGAUUGGUGAGCACUGCCUGCAAACCCAUCAGAGACUCCUACCACCAGUCACUGGUGGAUCAGAAAAGCCAGGCAUCCACCAUGAAGUUUCAAGCCACCCGGGCUGCAGCCGGUUGGUUCGACGUGGUCCGGGAUACGCUCCAUCUGAUCCACGAGCGAGAGGCACUGCAGCGGUUCAACGUGACCACAUCAGUGUCAACGAGCAUCCUCGAGGAGGAUGAUGAUCUGGCAAAGGAGCCCUGGUUUCUUGAAGAAAGCGAGCUGGUGGAUACCUUUUGGAAACUUCUGGUGGAAUUGGCAUCGGCAAGAUCCUGGAGCCAGGUGCAAUUCUCGACUAUCCAACCUUGUGCUUUAGCGAUUGCGCUGAGCCCGGACAACGGCCCGAACAGCCUGGCACAGAAGCUGCUCCACGAGCAACGUGAUACUUGGAAUGCGGUGCUCAAAGCGGAAAGAUCCGCUGCAAGCGACUCAAAGCUGGAUCCUGGUGUGCGGAGUGCCUUGAACCAGGUGCUCUGCGACUUGGGGUGGAACAGGUUGCAAGUUUCUCGGGAGGCCAUGCUGGAGUGCACGGCUGCCAACUGGAAGGUCUCCGACCAGCGUGUGCUAGAAACCGCGCGUUGCCUCUUCGCGGGGCAAGCCCAGACGAAGUAUCAUCUCGAAGAUCUGUUUGCACACCUUGUGUCCGUGGCACGAGCGUCCAAUCUUCCAACCUUCUUUACUGUGGAUCGCGAUCCCAGCAACCGAUCGCCAAUCUGGCUGUUCAACAGCAAGUUUGACAAGUGCGACUGGCUGCGACACCAAGUGAAAGUGAUCCACCCGCUGCUCGUCCCUCCUGAUCUCAGGGGAUACGGCAUCGUUUUGCAGAAAACGGGCCCACCGCAAGAGCUCGUGCCUGCAGCGCUGCGGGCAGGAAUCUUCUUGACAGUGAAGCAGAUCAAAGAGUUGCAAGGCCACUACCAUUUUGCCAUCCCGACAAAGGGAUCUGGAUCGGGGAAAAAGGGCAAUGUGGUGAAGCGCGACCUGGCAAAGGCGCUUUUGAAGUUCUUCUUUGGGGAGUCCAUGGACGAGCGAGAGUCAGAGCGGCUCUUGAGCUCGCUCAUGGGCCAGCAAUGGGACCGCCAGGGCAAAGGAUCCCCACAUGCAUCCGAGCUCGUGGCGGCUUUCAAAAGCCUGGAUGCAACAGAUCAACCGGACUUCUGCAAGUUGGCAGCCGUCGCCGCCGACGAAGUCAAGCUGAAGGAGUCGCGCGCAGCCCGUGUUGACAUGCAGGCAGUCCACGCCUCCCCAGCUUUCGAGACGCCGAGGGUGCUGAGCAAGCUCCUACCUUACGGUCCCGGCUUCGCCUGUCGGUUCAACCGUCGGCAGUGGUCUCAUGCGGUCACGUGGCAUGGUCCGCGGCGCCAACUUUCGGAAGAGGAUGCCCUGAAAGAGUGCGUGGAUGCAUGCUGGAAGGAGGUUCGUUCCAAACGCGCUCUUGCUGACUUUCAGACAGAGCCAACGAUGCAAGAGAUUUCGGACGUGGUGAGCAGCUUCGACAAGGCUACCGGCUACAAGACGCCUCCGUUCGCAGAUCCGAAUCCGAGUGCGGCUGGAUCCCCUGCUGUCAGCUCUCAAAAGUCAACUUCGGCUAUGCAAUUCAGCCCUGCUUCGCCUCGUGUUGCAAAGCCUUCUGAAUCUGAAGCUCCCCCGAAGCUGCCUGCAAUCAAGUCACGCAAGCAGAGCAAGGGCCCGACAGAUGAGCCCAUGCCCAAGCGUGCCCGGGGCCGGGGUCGGGGUCGGGGUGCAUGA